UAUAUAUUAUAUUGAAUGUUUAUAGAAAGCGAAGUAACCGCUGAUAUUUUGUCUCGGGAGCAGAACGAAGAUGACGACUGGCAGGAAAAUGAGGAGCUGAGAGUCAUCGAAGGCCUGGAGGGAGUGGCUCCUCUGAAGCCCGAUUUCUCCGGACCCAAAGAAAAGAUUGUACCAAUACCCGAUGGAAGCUCCUUCUUCAUUCUCGGAAAGAAAAACUGUUUACGAGUCGCCUGCCACAACCUCAUCCAUCACCCCUACUUCACCAACUUCAUCCUCAUCUUCAUCAUCCUCAGUAGUAUUUCACUGGCUGCUGAGGAUCCCAUUAAAUCCCACUCAUUCAGGAACACUGUGCUGGGAUAUGCUGAUUAUGUAUUCACUUCAGUUUUCACUGUGGAGAUCGUACUUAAGAUGACUGUUUAUGGAGCUUUUCUGCACACUGGCUCCUUCUGUAGAAAUGCCUUCAACCUUCUUGACCUGCUGGUUGUCAGUGUGUCACUCACGUCCUUCUUUCUGCACUCAAGUGCCAUCUCUGUGGUGAAGAUUCUCCGAGUGCUUCGAGUGCUCAGGCCUCUUCGAGCCAUUAACAGAGCCAAGGGAUUAAAGAAUGUGGUGCAGUGCGUGUUUGUGGCGAUCCGCACCAUCGGUAACAUCUUAAUUGUCACAACCCUCCUCCAGUUCAUGUUUGCGUGUAUUGGAGUGCAGCUUUUCAAGGGCAGAUUCUACAGCUGCACUGACGAAGCCAGACACACUCCAGAUGAGUGCAAAGGCACAUUUGUGGUGUAUAAGGAUGGAGAUAUGAAUCACCCCAUGGUCAGGGAACGCAUCUGGGAGAACAGCGAUUUCAACUUUGAUAAUGUGCUAAUGGGAAUGUUGGCUUUAUUCACUGUGUCAACAUUUGAAGGUUGGCCGCAGCUUCUGUACCGGGCCGUCGAUGCCAACGCCAUAAAUCGAGGCCCCAUUUACAACUACAGAGUAGAAAUCUCCAUCUUUUUCAUCAUCUACAUCAUCAUCAUCGCCUUCUUCAUGAUGAACAUAUUUGUGGGUUUUGUCAUCAUUACAUUUCGAGAGCAAGGAGAGGCUGAGUUCAAAAACUGCGAACUCAAUAAAAAUCAGCGUCAGUGCGUGUAUUAUGCAUUGAAAGCUCAACCAAUUAAGAUUUACAUUCCCAAAAACCCAUCCCAGCUCAAAUUCUGGAAAAUCAUCAACUCCAGCCAGUUUGAGUACGUCAUGUUUGUACUGAUUCUGGGAAACACCCUUACUCUGGCUGUUCAGCAUUAUGAGCAGUCAAAACUAUUCACCUCCAUUAUGGACAUCCUCAACAUGAUCUUCACUGUGGUUUUCACUAUAGAGAUGAUUAUCAAGCUAAUGGCUCUGCGGGCACAUCACUAUUUCAUCGAUCCUUGGAAUUCAUUUGAUGCACUUAUCGUCGUGGGAAGUGUGUUGGACAUUGCAGUCUCUGAAUUCAGCGGCGGAGGUGGUCAUGGUGAGGGUCCCGGGAAAGGUGAAAGUGGAAAAGUGUCCAUCACAUUUUUCCGUCUUUUCCGAGUCUUGAGGUUGGUCAAACUCCUCAGUAAAGGAGAAGGCAUUCGGACUCUUCUCUGGACUUUUGUCAAGUCCCUCCAGGCUUUACCUUACGUCGGCCUCCUCAUUGCCAUGAUCUUCUUUAUCUAUGCUGUGAUCGGCAUGCAGAUGUUUGGGAAGGUGGCUGUUGAUGAGGACACACACAUCAACAGAAACUGCAACUUCCAGACUUUCUUUAUGGCUGUUCUGGUACUUUUUAGGUGUGCCACUGGAGAGCAGUGGCAAGAGAUCAUGUUGGCAGCUUUGCCUGGCAGACGCUGUGACCCAGAAGCUGACGUUGAACCUGGUGAAGAGUUCACCUGCGGUAGCAACUUGGCCUACCUUUACUUCAUCAGCUUCUUCAUGCUAUGUGCUUACCUGAUUAUCAACUUGUUCAUUGCUGUCAUCAUGGACAACUUUGAAUAUCUGACAAGAGACUGGACCGUACUCGGCACUCACCAUCUGGAUGAGUUUAAGAGAGUUUGGUCUGACUAUGAUCCAGAGGCCACCGGUCGUAUAAAGCACAUCGAUGUCGUCACUAUGCUGCGCAGGAUUCAGCCGCCUCUUGGUUUCGGAAAAUUAUGUCCUCAUCGUGUUGCUUGCAAAAGACUGGUUGCCAUGAAUGUUCCCCUGCAUCCUGAUGGCACAGUCACCUUCAACGCUACUCUGUUUGCUCUCGUGCGAACCUCACUGAAGAUCAAGACUGAAGGUCCCAUCGACCAGCAGAAUGAAGAGCUGAAGGUGAUUAUCAAGAAGCUCUGGAAGCGCACUAAACCCAAACUCAUUGAUGAAGUCAUUCCUCCCCCUAGAGGAGAUGAGGUGACUUGUGGAAAGGUUUAUGCCAGCUUCUUGAUUCAAGACUACUUUAAAAAAUUCCGGAAAAGAAAAGAAAGGGAGAGGAAAUCCAAAAGGAAGGACAAAGCAGCUUCUCUACAGCAAGGGCUGCGGACACUGCAGGAUCUGGCUCCAGAGAUGCGUCUGGCAAUGGCUUCUGAUCUGGAGGACGAGGAAGGUGGAGGCGAUGACAUAUUCGAGAGUGGGCAUGAAACGUCAGCAACCCCCACUCCCUCCAGCACACCGAUGCCGCCUCUGGACACGCUGGUAGAGCAGACGACUUUGAUCAUGGAACCAGAGCCCAAGAUCUCCAACGGAGGUGUGAUCACGGAGCAGGUGACGGGCUUGAAGGAACACCAGAGGCCGGGAUCAGAGCUGGCAGGUGUCAGCGUGGUAACAGAGCAGCCUGUGAGGUCAGAACACCUCCCAGUGAGGGCGGACUCCAUCAGUGAAUCGCCUCUUCCUCCUCCACCUCCACCUGAGAUUUUAGUUGAAGAAGUCAAAGCUACAGAGGAAGUAUCCGAGCAGGUGUACUUGAGUGAAGGAGAUGCUGCAAGUCUGGCAUCAGUAGACCGGUAUAUGUAUCCAGAGGCUGUUUCCCCAGUACCAACUGAUGCAGGCUACAAUGGCCAGAGUCUGGAAAGAGGCAGCAGCCUUGGCGAAAUACCGUAUGACUCUAAUGGUACCAGUGGCUUCGUCAGCAAUGAUUACACUGACAUCAACAUGAAUGGAGGGAGUGCUGCCACGAGUCCCACUCCCUACACCACAAAUGAAUAUAAUGAGAAUGGAUAUCCAAGAUACAGUGAGAAUGGAAACGGCGUCAUGACCGCCAACGGGAACGGAAGCACAAUGAGUGGCGGCCAUGAAAACGGCAGCAGCAUCGAUUACACUGGAAACGGCUACACUACCAAUGAGAACAGCGGUGCCCAGUUUGUUAGGAGAAGGUUACUUCCUGCUAUUCCAAAAGGUCAUAAACCCGCCUUUAAUUUCCAGUGUCUGAGACCACAGAGCAGCGUAGAUAACCUCCCCAUCCCAGGAAUCUAUCAAGGCCACACAUCUCCAACUAGAUCACGUUUGCAGAACCAGCACAGCCUGGAGUCCCGGCCCAGCAGUGUGUCCUCCAUGUCGUCCACCUCCUGGGCGAACACGGCAGCAGCUGGUGCCACUCCUGUUCCAGGAAUAAUUGCCCCAUCGGCACGCAAGGGCAAGCUCAUCUACACUCCUAUGAUCUUGAUGGAUGAAGCCACAGGUGGCAGUCAACCGCUGUGGAAUGACGGUUCUGCCAGCCUUCCUGCAGGAAGGCGCCCCGGCUGGUACCCCGGUCAAACCAGGACGUUCACCAGUGUAAGAAUGCCACCCCCUGUGAACCAGGGCUUCAUAAGCAAAGGCAGCGCGGACAGUCUGGUGGAGUCGAUCUUGAUCUCUGAGGGUCUCGGUGUCUAUGCAAGGGACCCGAAGUUUGUGAACUUUGCUAAGCGGGAGAUUGCUGAAGCUUGCCGCAUGAGCCUGGAUGAAAUGGAGAGCGCAGCUGCUGACUUGAUAGCGCGUGGAGCCACUCAGUCGAUUUCUCGAUUUGAGGAAGAGCUGGCUGAUGAAAUGAACUGUGUGAUUUCUUACUGAGAUCAGCUGAACUGUAAGAGAAAUGUGUGAGAAACUGAGAUGUGAAGUUUGUUUUUUCUUAAAAAAAAAAGGGGAGAAGAAAAUCUUGUGUGUGUGUGUGUGUUUGAAUCUCUUUUGAAAACAAAAAGAAACAUCCCACAUAUGAGAUUUCUAUCAUGUUGGGUAUGAUGUGCUUUUGUUUGUGAAUGCCAAAAACACACUUUGAUUUUAAGUGUACGUGUCAAUUUGUGACAAAAAUUUUGAUUGCAGCAGAAGAGUCAGCAGGACGCAAGUUCAUUUUCUGCAUUGUGCUCUCGUUUUGUACCCUACUUGAACUGUGGUCACCUUAUACACGUGUGUUCAGCUACAAUCAGGGAAACUAGACUCUGAAAUAAGAAUGUUUUAAAUCUACACAUGUAGAUCAAAUACUUUUCUUUACUCUUGAUACAACUGAGUAAGACUGUGAGUUUCCAACAGCAUUAGCUUCUUUAGAGAAAUAUUUAAAUAUAAUGAAUAUCCUCUAAGAUGCACGAUGCAAACUUGUGGCGGAAAUGUCCAAAUUAUGUUUUGGAUUCAUUGUGACUGAACGUUUGGGUGGCUAUCCACUGUGCACAAAUAAAAUAAAAUGUUUUCUCAAACAUUCGUUAAUUUUUGUUUUGCAGAUGGGAUAUCGUUCCAAACGUUGCACACGGUCUCAAAGGCUCUUUGUAUUUGUUUAAAAGCACAUACUGAAAACCCACAACAAAAUUAAAGCAGCGAAUUAUAUAAUCAGACAUUAAUGGACCGGCAGAUGGGUAACAUCUGGGUUUCACUUCCCCUUUUAAAGAAAAGAAACAUGCAAAGCUAUGAGCCA